CCCUUAGUCCAUAGAGAAUGUAACAAUUACCAAAACCACACAGGCACCGCAUGUUCCUUUCAGCCGGGCGCCACCGCGUUCCCACCGCUCGCUCAUCUGCGAUUCUAGAGGACGACGAUGCCGACAGCACACUACCCGCGGCCACGUCCCCUCCACCUACCGGAGUAGCCGGCGAAGUAAGGCCCAACACCUCGGCCGCCGUGCUGCCCGCAGCGGAGGUGGGUUCCGGCGAAAAGGCGGCAGAGGAGCCCAUACCCGAGGUCCUCCAGGGGACGGGGGUCUCUCAGGCCCUCAAACAGGACGACACCGCCAGGCUCGCCGAGGGCCGCCCCGAGGGCCGGGAAGGCAGCGCUCGAAGAUGGAGGCAAUGCAGCAGCUGCCGCGGCGAAGAAGAGCAAAUGGGCCGCCAAAGACGAUUUGCGCAGGCGGGCCAUUGACGAUCAGAAGAAGAAGACGAAGAAGUCGGGGGUGAAGACAGCCCCUAGCUCGAAGGGGGCGCCAAUGCCCACCGGGAGCCCGAGCGGCGUGGGGAAGCCGCCCGACGUCCUAGCGCCGAAGCGGGCCGCCCUGGUGUCGAGGAGAGGCCGACCGCCCCACCAGAGCCGUGCGGGGGCGCGAUCACCGAGGCUGAGGUGGGCCAGCCUCAAUUGCCCCCCCUCGGGGGGUAGGGGCGCGUCCCUCGCGGGGCCUGAUGCGGAAGGAGGCGGCGCCGGAGAAGAACGGGGUGCCAAACCUUGCAUCUGCCGCCCCCCUCGGCGCGACGACGGAGGUCGCGCCCGCCUCCAACGCUCCCGAGACCGGUGCGGCGAGCCCCUGUGACGUGCCACAGCGACCAAGCGUGAAACGAGUCCUGGCAUGCCCCCCGCUACAGGUGCGCGUCGCCGAGGCAUUCCUAGCCAUGACACCCGCGGGCACCAAGGAGCCGAGCCUGGGCCGUGCCCUCACGCUCGUGAGCUACCGCGCCUUGCUCAGGCAUGGGGCUUUGAGUGACGCCAAGGCCGCGCUCGAUCGGCUCAGGGCAGACUUCCAGGUUGCCGAGGCGCGCCUUACUGAAGAGCGUCUGAAAUUUGCCGACGGGUGGCGCCAGCUCAACGUCACCACGAAGAUGGCCCAACGUCAGAACGAGGCCACCCGUGCGGAAAGCGAGAAGGAGACCGGUGAGGUGAAAUCAGCUUGCACGACUGCACUCGCAGAGGCCGAGGCGGCCGCUAAGCACCGCAAGGAGGCGGAGGCCAGCCUGAAGGCGCUCCUGGACGAACGGGCCACGCAGUCGCAGCAGCUCCAAUCGCGGGAGGAUGAUUUCAAAGAGCGCGAGGCAAAGCUCGCAACCCGUGAGUCGGACCUGGCGAGGGUGUCGACCGAGAAGGCAGUGGAACGCGAGCGCGUGGAGACUCUGGGGCGCUAGGUGACCGACGCUCAGGAGGCCCACGCGAAGCAUGUGUCCGAAGUCAACGCCCAGCUGGAGGCUAAGGAGAAGAAGGCCCAAGCGGACGCUGACGCGAAGGUUGAGGCUGAGCGCUCAAGGCUGGCCGAGGAGCAUGGCAGGGAGCAGAAGCAGUGGGAGGGCGACUUGGAGAAGGAGCGUGAGAAGUUCCGGCAAGAAAUUGCCGAACUCAAGACGGCGCUCGACGCGAAUCAGGGGCGACAGUCCGAACGCCCCACAACACUCCACUCUCCUGAGCUCCGAGCCCGUGGCGCCCUGCGGUCCAUCUGCAGGGAGAGGCUUGAAACUCCCCUCGUGCCCAGCGACGCUGACUUUCCUGAAUUCGCCUCCAAGCUCGUGGAGCAGCUCGAAGAAGGGGCCCGAAAGGUGGACGACAUCUUGGAGGAGGAGCGCCGUGACCUCUUCUUUCAGGCGGCCACGCGCGUCUUCAGCCACCUCCUCCACGGCGAUCCCAACUUUGACUUUGGCAGGGUGAUAGCUCCCAUUCUGAAGCGUUCCAUGAUGGCCUCGCGGAGGCGAGGCGCUGCUUGGGAAGUUCUCCUGCGAUAGCGACACGGGCUCCCACGAGGUUGAAGAAGGUGAUGGCGACGGUGCUGACAGCGGUGGCGACGCUUCCCUUUAGGACUCCACUUCUUUACCUAAAACAGACUGACGCGGUCUCGCAGUGGCAUGAAAACAAUAACUUUUGUUGGAGUAUUUUAAUGCUAUAAUGAAUGCAUGUGCUCUCGCGGGGUUUCCUCCUGAUGCUACGUCAGGACCCAGCCCCGUGCGAGCUUCAACCGUUGCUGGUA